AUUUAAUGUGAUUUUUAGUUCAAUGGACAUUUAUGUCUAUGGUAUAAGUUGGAUUGAGGUUAUGUUAUUAUAUUUAUAAAAUUCAUUAAUAACUUAUUAUAUUUAAAAUUCUUCAAAAUGAUGCGUUAUGAAGAAGAGAACGAAAAAUUGGCAGAUACGUCUCCCUGUGCUGGAGUAAGAGCCGAUUUGAAAAUGUGUUUAUUAGAAAGUGAAUGUUGUAAAGUGCAUAAGAGAACUCCGAGAGAAUGUUUAAAAGCAAAUGACGGUACUGUUCCCAGUGAAUGCCAAGUUCUUCGUAAUACUUUUUUUGAAUGUAAACGAUCUUUGUUGGAUGCCAGACAACGGUUCCGAGGUAGGAAAGGUUAUUAAUAAAUUGUACUAAUUAUUUAAAUAUGUAAAUUUGUUUUAAACUUAUAGUGUUAGUGUAAUUCUUUAAAUAAAAAUGUAUUAUCAUGUA